GAGAGAGAGAGAGAAAGAAAGAGAGAGGAUGGCCGGCUGCUAUAAAAGCUAUGACAAUCCUGACCUGAGACCACAGUUGUCUUACGAACUCGCAACCGGCAUCAUGAAGUUCACCCUGAUCGUUCUCCUGGGCCUUGCUGCCUUCGUCGCUGCUCGACCCGACUCAGUAUUCACCGUCGAUGCCGACGAUAUUCAACACGAACAGGACGUGGAUGACGAUGGCGUUCACGGGUCAUACAGCUGGACUUCUCCCGAAGGCGUCGAUUACUUCGUCAGGUACGUCGCCGACGAGGACGGCUUCCGCGUCGUUGAAUCCAACGCCGUGCCCGCCAGCGCCGACGGCGUCAGUGCCAACGGCCAGCAGGGAUCCUUCACCUCCUUCGAAGAAGAUGACGACAAGUAAACAAACCGAAACCUUUGACUCUUCUUCUUCUUGGAUUUUCAAUUUGGAAUCUGGGUCGAUUCUGCUGUAAUCUCAUCCUUUCCUUUUUUGCUUUCUCUAUGAUUCUCUUGUGAUCCGUCUUGUUCUUCUUCCUCCUCCUCCUCCACCUCCUCAUCCUUCUCCUCUUCCUCUCCUCCUCCUCCUCCUCCGCCUCCCCCUUCUUCUCCUCCUCCUCCCCCUACGAAGAAGAUGACAAGUAAACAAACCGAUGCUGAUUCUUCUUCUUCUUGGAUUUUCACUUUUCGAAUCUGAGUCGAUUUUCACGUUGCAGAUUAAUACCUUUUGCUUUCUUCUUAUUAUUAUUAUUCUUCUUCUUCUUCUUCCAAAUGAGAUCCUGGAAUCUCACCGAUUGCUCAACAACGAUGCUACGUCUUCUCGUAGGACGACUGACUCUUAUUUUGUAAAUAUUUAUUGUCUUAGAAUUAAUUUAUAAACGAGCGAAACCGAAAACAUAACAGUUCCCCGAGUCA